ACUAACGCAGAACCACCAACGAAGAAGUCGAGAACAGUUAGCAGCAGCAACUUGGACGUUAUGGAGUAAAAAAAGUACUAACAUGGAUACAAAGAAGAAGAAACCCUUCACUGUGACUGCUUCGUCGCUGGUGGACCUUAAAGCUGAACUGUACAGAAAGCAGGAACAAUUCAAACAGGAAAAGCUUGGGCAUGAAAAUACUGGUGCUGGAUUCACUACAAAAUCCAAAGUCAAGAAACCUAAUGUCUGGAGCAAACAAAACACUGGUGUUUCAGCAAGAGCUGAGAAAGAUGCAGAGCAGCUGGCUGAGGAGCAGACCAGCCUGGAUACAUCAAAACGCAGGUUGGAGGAGAAGGCCAAACUCUACGAUCAAAUGACAAAAGGAGAUUUUCCAGAUGAAGAGACCGAAGGACUGUUCCUGGUGGAUUUCACCCAGAAGAUUAUUGACCAAAAGAGAGAAACACUUGCACAGAAGACAGAAAGAGAGGAUGAGGAAAGAGACAACUCGUCUUCUCUCCCUCCUCCUGAAAACCCAGAUGAGGAAUGGGUGGAUUAUGUUGACGCUUUGGGCCGAUCUCGAAGAUGCAUGAAGAGAGACCUGCCAGGUUUUAAGAAAAUGGACCAAGACCUUCAAGGAAAAGGAAAAGCCUCAGCUGAGAAGACCUUGCUCUCGGAGGACAUGCGUCGAGAGCUACAGAGGCAGGAGUGGGAGAGGGAGGAAGAGGAGGCUAUGAAGAGGCCUGUUGGACCGAUCCACUACGAGGAUAUCAGGGGACAAGAGGCUCGGGAUCUCGGUGUGGGUUACUUUUCGUUCGCUCAGGAUGCAGAGCAGCGCAGAAAGCAGAGAGAAACUCUGGACAUGCUCAGAGAUCAGACAACAGACCAGCGCACUAAGAGGGAACAACUGAAGGACAAGAGGCAGUCCAUCCUGCAGGCCCGACUGGCCAAAGUGAGGGGGAGGAAGAUGAAGAAGGCCAAGCUGGAUGGCACUGAGGACGAGCAGAGAGAAGAGGAGAAUGAAGGAGGGGAGGACGAAGGGGAAUUAAUAGGACCCCCGGCUCCACCAGAGGUCCGCACAGUGAAGAAGGUGGAAGUGGAGAUCCAGGAAAGGAAGGACACCAAACCAGGAGUUCCUCAUGUCAGAGAAUGGGACAGAGGCAAAGAGUUCAUGUUUAGUGAGUGGAAAUCUCGGUGUCGCGAAGAGCGAGAGUCAGAAUUUGCACCUCCCUCUGCGUACUUUAGCGAGUGGAAGAAAGAAAGACUGGGGAAGAAUAAAACUCCGGAGAAUAAAUCCAAGAUGUCCUUCAAGUGGAGCAAAGGCCCAGGAGGAAUCUCUGAGAGCAAAGAGGAACCACAAUCCCAGCCCGAAUCUGCUCCCGCUCCUCCUCAACCUCAAAAGAAUCCUUCACCUCCUCCACAAACACAGACUUCAUCGCAGUCUCCACCUUCAGAUCCCCCAGCAGAUCAGACUCCGCAAACAGAUUCAGCUCCCGUGUCUGAUCCUCCUUUGAAUCCCCAGUAUCCUCCUUCAUUUUAUCCUCAGUUUCCUGCUCCACCUCCUCCUCAGUUUGCUGGACCACCUCACCUGUUUCCCCCACAGUACCCCAACCAGUACCCCAAUCAGUACCCCAACCAGUACCCCAACCAGUACCCCAACCAGUACCCCAACCAGUACCCCCCUCAGUAUCCACCUCAGUAUCUCCCCCAGUGUCCCCCCCAAUAUCCCCCCCAAUAUCCCCCCCAGUAUCACCCCCAGUGUCCUCCCCAGUGUCCCCCCCAGCUGCAGAGCCAGUCUCAGCCUCAGCAGAGUGUGGAUGACAUGCUGUCCUUCUACCGAAGCAUUACCUGAUCUCUAAAAUGUCAUAUUUGCUGUGGAGUUGGUUCAUAUUUAGAGUGUAAAUACUACACUUUUUACUUUUUACUUUUUACUUUUACUUUUUGCUUCAGCUCUUUAGAGUUUCAGCAUUUAAUUAAAAAAUCCUGAUUUUACCUUUUUUUGUUUUCUUGUCAUUGUGAAAAACAGUUAAUUUAUUUUAGUUUUAAAAGUUUAACAUCUUAUACAUAUAAGGUCUCCACCUCCAUGAAGAAUUUUUGUAAUGGAGAGAUGGCAUGAAUUAUUUGAAAUAUAGAAGUCUGCAGUAUGAAAAUAUCCACCAGAUGGUACUGUACACCUUCCUUCCUUUACUGCAGUGAUUAUCUGAACUGUUGAAGGACAUUAUUCCACAACUGCGGUUAUUUUCAUUAUCGAUCAGUCUGCUGAUUAUUUUUCCCAUUAAAUGAUUUAAUUGUUACAUCUGUAAAAUGUCAUAAAAUUGUGACAAAUGUCCGUCACAAUUUUCCAGAGUCCAAGAUGAUGUCUUAAGAACUGACUUAAAUAAUUUAUUCUGUAUAAAGAAAUGUUGAUAAAUCGGUUCAGAUCUGAAACAUUCUUUGUAUGAGUUUUAAAUUACAAAUAGUGUAAAAAAUGA